CUCCCGGCCUCACUGCGGCGGGCAUGGCGGCGGAGAACGAGGAGGAGCUAGGGCUGCUGGAGUGCCGGGUCUGCUUCGAGCGGUACGGCCACGGCGGGCAGCGGCGGCCGCGCAACCUGCCCUGCGGGCACGUUCUCUGCCGGGGCUGUGUGGAGGCCCUGGGCGGCCCCGAACGCCGGCGGCUGGAGUGCCCCUUCUGCCGGCGGGCCUGCAGCUCCGCUGAGACCACCGACUGCCUGCCGCUGCUGCAGCUGCUGGAGGUCCUGGGCCCCGCCGGCACCAGCAUCCCCUCGGCCCUGGGCAGGAGCGGCGGCCGAGGGGCGGCCAGGCCGGGCGCCGCGGGCCUCGGACUCCGGCUGUCGCUGGGAGGCUGGGGGUGGCUGGUGAACCCCACCGGGGUGGCAGCCUGCCGGAGGUCGGGGCGCCUGGCGGUGGCACAUGACGGCAAGAAGAGGAUCCACGUCUUUGGGCCGGGUGGCUCCUGCCUGCAGCAGUUCGGGGAGCGGGGGGACGCGGGCAAUGACAUCAAGUACCCGCUUGAUGUGACGGUCACAUCAGACGGGCACGUGGUGGUCACAGAUGGUGGGGACUGCUCCGUGAAGGCCUUUGAUUUUGAGGGAAGGGGGGUCCUGGCUGUCCGGGAAGGUUUCUGUUUGCCCUGGGGCUUGGAUGCCACCCCGGACAGUGAAGUCAUCCUGACUGACGCGGAGGCAGGUGCACUGUACCGCUUGACGGCCAACUUCAAGACGGGGAAAUUAAGGAAGUGUCAGAUGAUCCAGUCUCAGCUCAUCAGCCCGAGAGGGGUUGCGGUCUCCCAGACCUCGGGCGCUAUUGUGGUAAUAGAGCACCUGAAAGCGCAAGGAUCGAACAGCAGCAGCACCCGAGUGAAGAUAUUCAGUGCAGAGAUGGAUCUUGUCGGCCAGAUGGAUAGCUUUGGUCUGAACCUUGUUUUCCCCUCCAAAAUAUAUGCUACGGCUGUGGCCUUUGACAAAGAGGGUCAUGUGGUAGUAACUGAUAUCUGUAGCCAGGCUGUAAUAUGCUUAGGGAAACCUGAGGAGUUUCCCAUCUUUAACCCUCUAAUUAGCCAUGGGCUUUAUUACCCUGUAGGACUGACUUACGCAGCAAACAACUCCCUCGUUGUUUUAGACAGCGGUGAUCAUUCAGUAAAAAUAUUUAGCUCCACCUGAAUGGGUUUAGGUGCUUACUGCUAUAGGUUCAAGCUGCUUUUGGCCAUAAAGCACACAAAGUUCUGGUGCUGCUAGUGUGCAGGAAGGAAGAAUUUUCUGAGCUGUAAGUGAUGUCCUCUUUGACCAACAUGCUGUGCUUCCUGCAGAACUUACAUUGAAUCUCUUGCCUGUCUAUGGGAGACCUGUUGGUUGCAGGCUGUAGUCAACAAUGAAUCAAGCAGAAGAAUAAUUUGGCAUUUUAAAGCAGUUCUGUACCUUGACAACCAAAUGUUUUGGACAAGAACAACAUUUGGAAAGUGAUGCAGUUUACUAGCAUGUAGUUUUCAUUAUUCUUUGCUGAGCACAGAUGCACUCAUAAAAGUGACAGUUUCUGUUUCCACAGUUUCUGCCUGAGAAAGGAGACUGGCUUGACAAAAUGGUAGGAGAAAUGGAAGCUUCAGUUCAAGGUUGCCUGAAUUCAGCUAGGAUCAUUGUGAUGGAGGAGCUACCACUGAUGAGUGAGUUAUGUGAGGUGCCUAAACUGAAAACCAUAAAGAACUGUAUAAACCCAUGUAUUAAAAAUUUUGAGUAAGGGAAAAUGCAGCAGUAAUCCUGAAAUGUUUUGUCACACAAGAGAAUUAAAGCAAUAAUGGGAGACAGAGAUAUACCAGUUUGCUGAAUACAAAUUAAAAAGCCUUUGACAUUUUUA